AUGACUGUAUUGUCGUGGUUGGUGUUGGUCGCGGCCCUAGGGCCAUUACAUGCCGACGACCCUGUACCAUUGCAUAUCGGUGGCACAUUCCCCAUGGAAGCUGGUUCUGGGGGAUGGGCCGGUGGCCAGGCAUGCUUACCGGCUGUACAGAUGGCUCUAGAGGAUGUGAACAAUCGAGAGGACGUACUGCCUGGUUACGUCCUUCACAUGAACACCAGCAAUUCCAAGUGCCAAGCCGGAUUGGCCACCCAGCAACUUUUCGAUUUACUUUAUACACCUCCAACUAAACUGAUGUUACUAGCCGGAUGUUCGCCAGUUACAACUGUGAUAGCCGAGUCGGCACCUGUAUGGAAGCUUGUCGUGGUUUCAUAUGGUGCCAGCUCUCCAGCAUUAUCAAAUAGGGACCGAUUUCCAACACUUUUUCGAACGCAUCCUUCAGCAAAUAUGCAAAAUCCAACUCGAAUGCGAUUGUUCGAAAAGUUUCACUGGAAAAAGAUUACGAUACUUCAGUCGGUGGAAGAAGUUUUCACAUCGACAGCCAAAGAUCUCGAGGAACUAGGACGUCGUAAGGGUAUUCGUGUCGAACGGCAAAGUUUUUAUGGUGACCCAACAGAUGCCAUGAAGACGCUUCGACGCCAAGACGCCCGAGUUAUCGUAGGGCUGUUCUAUGUGACGGAAGCAAGGAAAGUUCUGUGUCAGGCCUACCAUCAUAAAUUAUAUGGGCGAAAGUACACAUGGUUUUUCAUCGGAUGGUAUGCCGACACCUGGUACAUCCCACCACCUGAAGAACAUCUAAAUUGCACAGCUGAACAGAUGGUUGAGGCGGCUCAAUAUCAUUUCACGACGGAAAGUGUGAUGUUAUCCAGAGAUGAGAAUGCUACAAUAUCUGGCAUGACAGGGAGGGAGUUCCAGGCUCGUCUGACGGCUAUGCUCUCACCGGAUUCCGAUCCAGCGAAUACUGGUGGUUUUCCGGAGGCUCCACUUGCCUAUGAUGCUGUUUGGGCGCUGGCACUAGCAUUCAACUGCACACGAAAUCGUCUACCAGAAGGUGUACGGUUGGAACAGUUUAGUUAUGAUAACCAGUUAAUUGCCGAUAUUCUCUUUGAAUGCGUCAAGAAUACCCUAUUCAAAGGAGUUUCGGGUCGUGUGAUGUUUUCGGAUUCUGGUGAUCGAAUAGCUCGUACUCAAAUCGAACAAAUGCAGAAUGGUAAAUAUGUUGUUAUGGGCUUUUAUGAUACGACAACACAAGAACUGGAGUGGUAUAACAAAGAACAAUGGUAUUCAAGUAAGGGACCACCGCCAGAUUCGACAAUCAUCCGUGAAUCGAUUCUCACAGUAGCCAGUGCUCUUUACUACACUGUUGCCGUUUUUGCGUUUAUCGGAUUGGCAUUGGCAUUAGGGGCCUUUAUUUUCAACAAUAAAUAUUCAUUUCGUGGGAUUAUUGUACAGUCUCAACCUCAAUGUAAUAACAUAAUGAUCAGCGGUUGUUCGUUAUGCAUCGCUUCAUUAUUUCUUAUGGGCUUACCCUCUGAGGGAAUAUCAUUGCCUCAAUCGGCAUUCUCCAUACUCUGCCAUUCUCGAAUAUCCAUCUUGAUGAUUGGCUUCACUUUUGCAUACGGGUCGAUGUUUGCUAAAGUAUGGAUAGUGCAUCGAAUGAGUGCCAGUGAAAAUCAACAGCUCGCUAGCCGUCAAAAGGACGAGGAGGAUGGAUCGCCAUGGGAAAGUAUACGAAUGCUGAUCGCAUCCGUUGUCGGACGUCAGGCGUAUGUGGCAGCAGCACUACGCAAAGUGUCCAGUAAUGCAUAUGGUACACUUGCCGUCUCGAGACGGACCAACACUCUCAAUCAGCCCAUUCCUUCCGGAAGGUUCUAUACGGUGAUCGCUGCAUUUUUCGUCAUAGACAUAGUUAUUAUUGUGUGUUGGAUCGUAUUUGAUCCAUUACAACGAAUUGAACAACGAUUUCCGUUACUGGAACCUCCUGCAGGUAGCGAUGAUGACGUUAUGUUACUGCCNAUUCUGGAGUUGUGCCAAAGUUCACAGCAAGAAGUGUGGAUAGGUCUAGUGCUCGGGUAUAAGUGUUUAUUGCUAGUGUUUGGUUUGUUUCUCGCCUAUGAGUCUCGAAACCUCAAACUUCGUUAUGUGAACGAUUCACGCCUUGUUGGUCUAGCCAUUUACAAUGUGGCUAUACUUUCCUUAGUGACAGGACCUGUCACAACGCUCUUAAUCCGAAGUCAAGCCAACUCUAACUUUGCGUUUGUAGCCGUAACUGUUCUUCUAUGCACUUAUAUCUCGUUGGGUCUGGUGUUCGUUCCAAAGAUGCGAUUUAUUUGUCGAGUACCACCUUCUGCUGAUGAGGUUCAUCCCAAUGGUAAUAGUGUUGGACGAGGUCUAUCGAAGUCCGAUCAGAAACGGUACGAACAUCUUCGACACGAGAACGAAGUGCUCCAGAAACAGAUAGAAGAGGUUAGUCUUCUUCUGGACAGGUUAAGCUCAUGA